GAGCCGGGCGGAGGGAGUGGGUCCGGGUGGAGGAGAAGAUCUGGGGGCCCGGGCCGCCUGCCGACGUCCACCCGCCUGCCUCUCUCGCCCCGCGGACUCCGAGCAGCGGCCGGCGACUUGGGUCUGCAAGCGUCUCCGGACAACCAAGGCGGCGGCGGCGGCGGCGACGGCCGGGAUGGCGUUGCUGGGCUUACUGCAGGCGGGCGGGUCGGUGCUGGGGCAGGCGAUGGAGAAAGUGACGGGCGGCAACCUUCUGUCCAUGUUCCUGGUCGCCUGCGCCUUCACGCUCAGCCUGGUCUACCUGCUCCGCCUCGCCAUCGGCCACCUCGCCCCCCCGCCGGCCGGGGCGAAAAGUCCACCAUACAUUUUCUCUCCAAUUCCGUUCCUUGGGCAUGCCAUAGCAUUUGGGAAAAGUCCAAUUGAAUUCCUCGAAAAUGCAUAUGAGAAGUAUGGACCUGUGUUUAGUUUCACAAUGGUGGGCAAGACGUUUACUUACCUUCUGGGGAGUGAUGCUGCUGCACUGCUUUUUAAUAGCAAAAAUGAAGACCUGAAUGCAGAAGAUGUCUACAGCCGACUGACAACACCUGUGUUUGGGAAGGGAGUUGCAUAUGAUGUGCCUAAUCCAGUUUUCUUGGAGCAGAAGAAAAUGUUAAAAAGUGGCCUUAACAUAGCACACUUUAGACAGCAUGUUUCUAUAAUUGAAAAUGAAACAAAGGAAUACUUUCAGAGUUGGGGAGAAAGUGGAGAAAAAAAUUUGUUUGAAGCUCUUUCUGAGCUCAUAAUUUUAACAGCUAGCCAUUGUUUACAUGGAAAGGAAAUCAGAAGUCAACUUAAUGAGAAGGUGGCACAACUGUAUGCAGAUUUGGAUGGAGGUUUUAGCCAUGCAGCCUGGCUGUUGCCAGGUUGGCUCCCUUUGCCUAGUUUCAGACGCAGAGACAGAGCUCAUCGAGAGAUCAAGAGUAUUUUUUAUAAGGCAAUCCAGAAACGCAGGCAGUCAGAAGAAAAAAUUGAUGACAUUCUCCAAACUUUACUAGAUUCUACUUACAAGGAUGGGCAUCCUUUGACGGAUGAUGAAGUAGCAGGUAUGCUCAUUGGACUGCUCUUGGCAGGGCAGCACACAUCCUCCACUACCAGUGCCUGGAUGGGCUUCUUCUUGGCCAGAGACAAGACACUUCAAGAAAAAUGUUACUUAGAACAGAAAGCAGUCUGUGGAGAAAAUCUGCCUCCUUUAACUUAUGACCAGCUUAAGGAUCUAAAUUUACUCGAUCGCUGUAUAAAAGAAACGUUAAGACUUCGACCUCCUAUUAUGACUAUGAUGAGAAUGGCCAAAACUCCUCAGACUGUGGCAGGGUACACCAUUCCUCCAGGACAUCAGGUGUGUGUUUCUCCCACUGUCAAUCAAAGACUUAAAGACUCCUGGAGUGAUCGUCUGCACUUCAAUCCUGAUCGCUACUUACAGGACAACCCAGCAUCAGGAGAGAAAUUUGCCUAUGUGCCAUUUGGAGCUGGGCGUCAUCGUUGUAUUGGGGAGAAUUUUGCUUAUGUGCAAAUCAAGACAAUUUGGUCCACUAUGCUUCGUUUAUAUGAAUUUGACCUCAUCAAUGGAUAUUUUCCUACUGUGAAUUAUACAACCAUGAUUCACACCCCUGAAAACCCAGUUAUCCGAUACAAGCGAAGAUCAAAAUGAAAAAUGCUCAGGGAAUACCUGAAACAUCACUGUAAACAGCAAAAGCAUUUGAAGAGAAUGAAGUUGAUGAAACAACUUACUCUUUUUUGAGUGUUUUACUUUAAAGACAGCCAACUUAACGGGUUUUAUAUUUUCUUAACUGAAUGGUUGCAUAAAAUCUAAUGGCAUUUCAGGCAUUUCUUAAUACUUUUAUGAUGGAUAUUUGCUACAUAUGCUUUAUUUAAGGAAAUCAAGCUACUUAAGUUGUUUAGGGGACCUUGGUUAUUGGAAGAUUCUAAAUAACACAAUUUCCAGUUAUUUAAGAGUAUACAUAGCUCUUGGUAAGUUCAGGAUAUUUAAAUGUUGGACUAGAUCUCCAAAUAUAAAAGCCAAAUGAGAUACUUGGAAGCCUUAGGUUAUUUAUUCAUUUCCUGUAUAAUGUUUGGGUGUGUGAGGAUAGGUGGUUAGGGGAUAAACUCACAUUUAAAGCCUUGUAUGAAAGAAUCCUAUUGUUUUGGUAUGAUGAUAAUUGGGAGUGAUGGGGUUAUGUUGUAAAAAAAAAAAAUGUCUUUAAGAAGUACUGUCUUUUAGGAAAUUGAGGGAGUUCUAUGGUAAUUACAUUUCCUAAAAAAAGAAUGUAAUUACUUUAAAGACUGCUUGCAUUAACUUGAUUUAAUUACUAAAUAUUUCAUUUACUUGAUAAAUUUGUAUCUGGUUCCACAUGGUCACACACCUGUGUGAAAAUCCAAAAUAAAGUCCCUAAGGGAUAAUUUUUGUUC